AUGGAUAGUUGUUUUUUCUCUAGUCCAGUUGAACCAGUACGUAGUGGAAUUGAUAAUGUUUAUAGAUCGUGGACAGCCAGUGUUGAUGAGCGGAGACCAGUACUGAAUGGCCCGGUCUCUAUACCGGUCGCUGCGGACCCUGAUGCCCGGUCGAGUACGGCUCCAUCGUUCUCGUAUACAUCGUUUUCACAACCCGUAAAUAAUUUAUCUUUUCGGAAAGAGGAUACCCCAAGCUGCAAUGAAUACUUCAAUAACACCAGUCAACAUUUAUUUGGAUUGUCUCGUUCAAACCUGCCGACCAGUAAGUCAUCAUCAGUACUUGGUUCCAACUUGACUCAACCCCCUGGCAUCACGUCAUCACAGACCCUCUAUCGACCAACUCCUGCUUCUGUACAUAGCUCUGCAUUCACACAGUCGGUUCCAAGAAGUCCAACAAAAUGGCUGCCAACUGGUGCAACGGUAUCACAUUACAACAGCUCAUCCGAGACUGAGGCUGCAGUGUCAUCACAUUCACAUAGGAGUCCAUGUACUGGUGAAUGGCAGUAUACUACGCAGUCAGGGUACCCGACAUUCCAUCACCAGCUAAACUCUCCCGGUUGUUUAGGAAGCUAUGGGGCGCCACCUAGAGAGCAUUAUACAUGUGCUUCUGGUACGUCAUCCUCUUUGGAUGAGAUGCAUAGAGGACGAGAGAACGGUGGCUGCACGAUGCCAGUUUCACCUUGUGCAGGGUGUGGUGAUAUUCUCUGCCCCAAAUCCCACCCAAUCUACCCAUCGGAUCUUAACGCGCCUUGUCCUCGAUCGCCAACUCAAGCUACUGCUGUGGCAAUGAGACCCUGUUCUAAUCUAAGCUUUCCUACCUAUGCCCCUGGGCCACCAACUAUAGGUACUGCUGAUAGCGAUGCUUUGAUGCGCUACCGGUGGCCCACAUCAGCCCCAGUGUAUUUCUAUAGCAAGUUGGUUUCUGCAAGUACUGGUAGUAAGCCGGAUGGACUGGGCGUGGUGACCAGUCCAGGUUCAACAAGUAUAGGACCUGGACUUAAUCCAACUAGUCUUCCUCCACAAGGAAACGGUGGGCGCCCGACUAAACCAACCAAGUCACCGAUAACUUAUCGCAACAAAGCUGGGACUAAUCUAUGCAGUAUAUGUGGCAAAUCUUACGCCCGUCCAAGUACUCUAAAGACCCAUCUCCGUACCCAUUCUGGGGAGAAGCCAUACCGAUGUCCAACAUGCAACAAGGCAUUCUCUCAAACAGCAAACCUAACAGCUCAUAUGAGAACACACAGCGGUGAAAAACCAUUCCAAUGUAUUGUGUGUCACCGCCAGUUUUCACAGAGUUCAUCUGUGACCACUCAUAUGAGAACACACUCCGGAGAGCGCCCUUAUAGGUGCGCUUACUGUAAAAAAGCAUUUGCUGAUAGUUCUACACUGACUAAACAUCUAAGGAUACAUAGCGCUUCGUUGCAAGCACUCCCACGUCUUCACCUCACAGCUGCAUCGCAAAACCACGUCCGGAAACAGUUACUGUAA